CAUUUAUGCUAACACCGAGGAUUUCUUAAUGGUUUCAACUUUAACAAACGGUAAGUCAUUAGAAGAUUCCAUGGAAUCAACAACUCCCGUAUCAACAACAACUGUCCAGCAAAGUAAUACGGAAGAUAUUUUAACCAAGACUACUUAUGUUGUAACUGAAAUCGAAACAGUGUAA